AGUUCGAAUUGAAAUCUCGAAGCGGAAAGUCUCGCGAAUAAACAAUUUGAUCUCAGUGAUAUUUUGAAUUUCUUCAAAGGAAUAGAAAAGAAGUGGAAAAAGUAAAUAUUUUCAAAUAAUUCGUCAUCAUAAUCUGUCUAUAGAUAGAAUAAAAAUGUUUUGAAGCUUUGAAAAAAAUUAAUAAAAAAAUUCUAUAUAAAUAAUUCUUUUGAUUAAUAGUUUUUAAAAGAGUAGCAAAAGAUUAAAAACAUGUAAACUUUCUCAACAGCUGUAAACUAAAUAUCAACUUAACAUAAUAAUCGUUUUCGGAUACUUUUUUCUGGAGAAGCGAUGACUUCAACUAUAUAAAUCCAUUUUUUGCGGUCAAAGUAUGAAAGCAUUUACAAUGGGUUGAUUAAUAAGAGGCUUACAAAUAACACAAAUUCAGUUCGAGAAAUAAUAAAACUAGGAAAAGCUCAAGGAUGCCGGCUGUCGUGUCAAAGUUAUUGGCUGAUGCCGUUGACACUUAUGAAAGACGAGGAAACAACGUAAAAGUUAUCUCAAAAACAAUCCUUUCCACAGCAAUGAUUGCAUACGUUGUGAAGAUUUCAUAUCCAUACAUUAAGAAACGUCUUAAACAAAAGAAAUCUUCAAUCAACAAUGACAAUGCUAACAACAAUAACAACAUAAAGAAAACUAAAAGUAAAUUUGGAAAAAAUGAAGACGAGAAAGAAGUGAAAUUGAAAAUUGUUCAAAGAAAAAUAAAGCAACCUGGAUUGAACUUAGAAUUUGUAUUGCAAUUGAAGCAUCUAGUGGAGAUCAUGAUUCCAAGACUUGUUUGUCGUGAAACCGGAUUACUUGGAGUUCAUACACUUUGUCUGAUAUCAAGAACCUUUCUCAGCAUUUAUGUUGCAGCAAUGGAAGGUGCCAUAGUCAAAUACAUCGUUCGUAAAGAUGUUAAGAACUUCAUAUGGAUGCUUAUGAAAUGGUUUGGUAUUGCAAUACCAGCGACAUUCAUAAAUUCCAUGAUUCGAUACUUGGAGAAUAAACUUGCAUUGGCUUUCAGAACGCGACUUGUUGAACAUGCAUACAAACAAUAUUUCACAAAUCAAACAUACUACAAAGUUUCAAAUCUUGAUGGACGAAUUCAAAAUGCCGAUCAUUUAUUGACGGAAGACAUUUCAAUAUUUGCAAGUUCAGUAGCGCAUCUUUACUCACAUUUGACAAAGCCAUGCUUCGAUUUGAUGCUUAUUGGUUUAUCAUUAGCUCAUUCGUCAUACAAAAUGAAAGCAAAUAUUGUAAAUGGACCACUUUUGGGAUUCUUUGUCAUAUCAACAACCGCACAUAUAAUGCGAAUUGUAUCUCCAAAGUUCGGUCAACUUGUUUCCGAAGAAGCUAAUCGAAAUGGAUAUUUACGUCACAUUCAUUCACGUAUCAUCACAAAUGCUGAAGAAAUUGCAUUUUACGGCGGCCAUAAAGUUGAACAUUUGCAAUUGAGCGAUGCAUACUCUCGUUUAUGCAGGCAAAUGAAUAAAAUCUAUUCACAGAAGCUUUGGUUUGUUAUGGUCGAACAAUUCUUCAUGAAAUAUGUGUGGAGUGGAACUGGUAUGGUGAUGGUUUCACUUCCAAUACUCACGACAAGUAAUUUAAGUAAAGAUGGCCCCAGCAAUGAAGACAACAACAAUGGAAGUAGAGUUAGUGAACGAACUCAAUACUUUACAACUGCUAGAAAUCUUCUUAUCUCUGGCGCUGAUGCUGUUGAACGAUUAAUGUCAUCAUACAAAGAAAUUGUUGCACUUGCUGGUUACACAAGUCGAGUGUCGGGAAUGUUCCAAGUGUUUGACGAUGUUUCAAUAGGUGUUUACAAAAAGACGAUGGUUGCUGACGAGACUACGACGCAAGGAAUUAUUGAGUUUAGAAAUGGUCAGCCAGUAGCAAAAGGAAAAGUGAUUUACAUCGAUGAUUUAGAGAACAUGUCAAUAAUAUUGAAAGAUGUUCCUGUUGUGACACCUAAUUGUGAUAUUGUUGUACCAAAAUUAACAUUGAAGAUUGAGCCUGGAAUGCAUUUGCUUAUCACAGGUCCGAAUGGCUGUGGAAAAUCGAGUUUGUUUAGAAUUUUGAGUGGCUUGUGGCCUAUUUAUGAUGGCGAACUUUAUUUGCCAAAAUCUUGUGAAAACAAGCCGUGCAUGUUUUAUAUUCCACAACGUCCUUAUAUGUCCAUUGGAAGUUUACGUGAACAAAUAAUUUAUCCCGACACACUUGAAGACAUGAUGAACAAGCAAAUAAGUGAAGAUAAACUUCGAGAAAUACUGAAAAUAGUUUCACUCGAUUACAUUGCAACACGUGACAGUUUUGAUGAAAUUCGUGAUUGGAAAGACACUUUAAGUGGUGGAGAAAAGCAACGAAUGGCUAUAGCGAGAUUAUUCUAUCAUAAACCACACUAUGCUUUACUAGAUGAAUGCACCAGUGCAGUUUCAAUCGAUGUUGAAAGCUCAAUAUAUGAGACAGCAAAGAAUAUGGGAAUAACACUUUUAACAAUCACACACCGUCCAACAUUGUGGAAAUUCCAUACAAAAAUAUUGAAAUUUGAUGGAAUGGGUGGUUGGGUGUUUGAAACACUUAACAAUGACUCUUAAGAAAUUAAAUAAUUUUUAUAGCAUAAUAAUUCCAAUUUAUGUAGACUAAAUUCUAAAUUAUCACACAAAUGAUAUUUUUGAAUAAAAUAUUAUCGUGCAAUGAUUAAAUCCAGAACCUAAAUAAGAAGAUGAAAUCUUCAAAUAUGAUUAAAUUUACGAUUCAAAUGAUGUAAAAUUUAUGUUAAUUAAAGAAUUGAAUAUUUUCUUCUUUCAUCCUUCAACAUUCGCCAUAUUUUGAAUGAUUUUCUUAUAAAUUUCUAUUCCUUGGAGAUAAACAUCCGCACUUAGAUACUCGUCAUGAUCAUGAAGCAAGACGGGUGUGUUGAUCAUUGGCGAAAAGCCAAAUGCAGAAAUUCCGAGAAGUCUGAUAUGAGACGAGUCAGUGCCAGCUGGAAAUACUUGGGGUGAAAUUUUUAUGUUUAAUUCAUCAACUGCUGACUUGAAUCCUUUCCAAUAAAUGUUUGAAUCAUCAAUUAUAGUCGGCUCACAAUAAGGUUCUUUCACCUCAAAUUCUAUCUCAAUAUUAUCGCAACAACUUUUUAUCCAUUGAUUCAGCAUUUCUUCAAAUUCUCCUGGAUUGACAGUGAUUGCCAUUCGAAUAUCAACUGUUGCCUCUAUGAAUGGUGGUAAGACAUUCCUCUGCUUACCACCCUUGAUAUUUGUUACAUUAAUACUUGUCACAUCACCCAAAAGUAGAGAAGGAUUUUCAUUCAAAAUCUUUUCUUGUGAAGCUCGAUAAUCAUAAAUUUUAUCCAUUAAUAAAUGAAGAUUUUCAGCUGCAGUAUUCUCCAGUAACAAUGAACCAUGACCUGGUUGACCGAAAACACGAAACAAAACAUGCCAGCAUCUUCGUUCAGCAUAAAACAUGUUGUAUGUAUCAUCGGGUGAUGCAAUUCCUUCAUCAAGAACACAUCCAACAUUUAAACGUUUGAAAAACUCAGUCAAUACGAAAGCUUUCAUUCCUUCUGGUCCAAAUAUUUCUUCAUCAGGUACGAACACAACGUGAAUUGAUCUCUUCAAUUGAAUGUAGUUUUUCUUGAAAUAUCGAAUUACGCCCAGGUAUUGCAUCCCCACACACUUCAUAUCCUGAGCACCUCUCGCAAAGAUUCUUCCUUCUUCAUCAGUAUCAGCUGCGAAUGGAUCGUGUGUCCAAAACUCUUCGAAUACUGGAACAACAUCCAUGUGAGAAUUCAACAUGAUAGAUUUGAGUUCAGGUUGUAUUCCAAUCCAACUUAAAAUUACUGUUGGCUUUUCUUUCGACACAGGACAUUCCACAUGAAAUUGAAGGCCAAGUUCAUUGGCUAACUUUUGUAAGAAA